AUGAAACAGGCCACACCCCCUGACCCGGUCCCUGACCCGGUCCCUGACCCGGUCCCUGACCCGGUCCCUGACCCGGUCCCUGACCCGGUCCCUGACCCGGUCCCUGACCCGGCCCCUGACCCGGUCCUGACCCGGUCUGCUGUUGUAAAGUCGAACCACACGGUGAUGGAGGAGGUGAUGGAGGAGGUGAUGGAGGAGGUGAUGGAGGAGGUGAUGGAGGAGGUGAUGAAGGAGGUGAUGGAGGAGGUGACGGAGGAGGUGACGGAGGAGGUGAUGGAGGAGGUGAUGAAGGAGGUGAUGGAGGAGGUGAUGGAGGAGGUGGAGGAGGUGAUGGAGGAGGUGAUGGAGGAGGUGAUGGAGGAGGUGAUGGAGGAGGUGACGGAGGAGGUGACAGAGGAGGUGAUGGAGGAGGUGAUGGAGGAGGUGAUGAAGGAGGUGAUGGAGGAGGUGAUGAAGGAGGUGAUGGAGGAGGUGAUGGAGGAGGUGAUGGAGGAGGUGACGGAGGAGGUGACAGAGGAGGUGAUGGAGGAGGUGAUGGAGGAGGUGAUGAAGGAGGUGAUGGAGGAGGUGAUGAAGGAGGUGAUGGAGGAGGUGAUGAAGGAGGUGAUGGAGGAGGUGAUGGAGGAGGUGGAGGAGGUGAUGGAGGAGGUGGAGGAGGUGAUGGAGGAGGUGAUGGAGGAGGUGAGGAUGGACUCGAUGAUGGCCGUGUAG